GACGUCACGGCGGAUCAACUUGGACAGGGAAGAAAACGCCACUACUGCGUAGUGCGCACAGGUGAUUCAGUUGUCGGUGCCACCUUCUCGUGGUGGAAAACAUGGGAAAACUCCAAGAAUUCGACAUAACUUUUAAAGACAAUAAAGUUGUUUAUAGUCCUGGAGAGUCACUUUCAGGCACUCUGAAAAUCACAACCACCGAAGCUCUGCUAUGUAAAGAUAUCAAAGUGAAUUGCCAAGGCUUCUGUGGUGUCACCAGCAAGAGCAAUGACACAGCCUGGAUGGUGGAAGAGCAGUACUUCAGCAGCACGCUCUCUGUGGCAGAUAAAGGAACCCUGAAACCGGGAGAUCACAGUUUUCCGUUCAAGUUUCUCAUUCCAGCCUCUGUUCCCACAUCCUUUGAAGGAAACUAUGGAAAAGUUAUGUACAGAGUGAGGGCUUUCAUUGACACUCCUCGCUUCUCUAAGGACUAUAAGGUGGAGAAGCCUUUCUACCUGCUGAGUCUCCUCAACCUCAAUGAUGUACCUGACAUCCAUGGACGUAGUUCAUCUUCCAUUACUAAGAAGUUCACCUACCUGCUGGGGGUAAAGACAGGAACUGUGGUGCUGAAGGCCCAUAGUGACAUGAAGGGCUACACGCCUGGUCAGGUCAUCCAACUGACCACAGAGCUCCACAACCAGUCUGGGAAAACCACAGGGACUGUGGUAGCCUGUCUCAUUCAGAAAGUAACUUACCAGACAAAGAAGCCUACCAUUGACUUGAGGACUUUAGUGCAGGUGGAGGGUGCUGGGGUGAAGGCUGGCAAACAAGCUGAGUGGAAGGAGAAGAUUAUUGUACCUCCUCUGCCCCAGUCAUCUCUGGCUGACUGUGGUCUAAUAAACAUGGAAUACUUUAUUCAAAUCUCCUUGAAAUCUCCAGAGGCUUCGUUUUUGUUGCCCAUCCACAUUGGAAACAUCUCAGUGGAUACCACGUCAGCACGACCCUCCAGACCCCCUCCUCCAACCACCGAUCCUUCUCGCUCCUCCGCAAACCCUACCAAGCUAGAAAAUAGCAGACGCUCUGAGCCGUCCUCCCAAGACAAAGAAACUCCUACUACCCCUUGCCCUUCCCCCCACCCAGCCCCAAAACCUGUUCCCAGAAUCAGAGUCUCCACUUCCUCCCCUGCCUCCCCCAGUGCCCCUCCAGCUGAGAUGGACUAUCUGGUCAUGGGCGCUAAGGGGCAGGUGACCGAGGCCCUCCCAACUGAGAGCCACUCCCAGCUUGGUUUCUUGAGUUCUCAGGCCACUGUCUCCCCCAGUGCCUUCAGCUAUGCCCCAGGCCUCACCUUCUCCCAGAACCAGUCCCAGAGUGACGCCAAAAACCCAACGGGACCUUUGUUCUGUGUGUCCACAGGUGCCACCAUCCCAUUCUUCUCUGAGGGCAGUACCAACCCCAAGCCUACCCUCUACCCACUCCUGCCUCCUGAGUACAGCACCUCAACACUCCCACAUGAGGCUCCUCCCAGCUAUGUCGAGAGCUGUAGCAGCAACACAUAAAACAACGUCAUGACACAGGAGAGACUGCUGGCAACACUGAACAUGACAACCAACCUCCCUUCUACUCGAUCAUGCUUCCAGAUAGAUCUCUUAAGUACGUCAGCCCAGGUUAAGCAACACCUUUUUUAUGAUUACUGAUUGCUUUCACACAUUGUUUGCGCUUUCAGGACAGUAAUGUUUUUACAUAAACAAUUUUUAUAGCUGGAGACACAUUUUCAAAGUUAAGUCAGGGUAGAAUUAGUUAAGAAUAUGUUGAAAUUGUAUUUUUUUUACUAGGCAAGUCAGUUAAGAACAAAUUCUUAUUUACAAUGACGGCCUACCCCGGCCAAACCCGGACGAAGCUGGGCCAAUUGUGCGCCGCCCUAUGGGACUCCCAAUCACGGCCGGUUAUGAUACAGUCUAGAAUCGAACCAGGGUGUCUAGUGAGGUUCUAGCACUGAGAUGCAGUGCUUUAGACCGCUGUGCCACUCGGGAGCCAAAACACCUAUGAUUGAAACAAGUGAAGAUCCAUGAAGCCCACUAGCAACUGCCCAGGCUAUGUUUUAUGUAACCUGUAUGUUUAUUUAUUGUUUUCACUAAACUGUCUAUUCAUAGACAAUUCACUAUGUUCUAUAUCCAAAUAAUGUUUUAUGCAUAGGAAAUACAGUGCCUUGAUACUCUACAAUGCACAACCUAAUAAAAUUGUGUUGUAUGUUUAGCCA